UAGCAGAGUAACUGUCUGGGUGUGAAACACGAGUCGUCUGUGUGGCUGUAACAUCCCGAGGAGGCUAACUAAUAACUUAUCCACAUGCUUUCCUUCAUGUUGGAGAGUCGAAUAGAUUUCUAAAGUGUCGAGUAGAGUUCUAGAGUGUGUAAAAUUCCAGUGCGCGCGGUCACUGAUAGUGGUAACCCCAGUAACACCAGGCAGUGAGACCACGCCCACCUCUCUCUCUCACUGCUUAUAUUCUUUGCCGCAAACGGCGAGUCUGUAUUGCUUAAGUGUCUCACUCCGCGAAGACAACACAGGUGGGCAGAAAGCCACACUUAACUACUCUCACUUUUCGUUUCAGCGACAAUAGUUUCGCCGCGGUGACAAUAGUUUUAUUGACUGGCUGCGUCGCCUGCCUGACGGUUGUUGUGAAACUUUUCCUCCGCUUGACCCAACGACAGUCAGCCCCACUGCCACCACCACGAGCGCUCAGCCAGUAGCGCGUGCUUUAUAUGCCCCGGUUCUGAGAUCCAUGGAAGUGGCGGGUUUUUACGAGGGGGAUUGCCUUGCUUUCCACGGUAGCAACAACAUCAGCAGCCCCGUCGGCGACGGCAUCAUAUGCAAGCAGACCGCUGACGGCUCCAUGACGAAGCUGGGUCUCGCGCAGCAGGAGAAGACCAUCGACUUCAGCAUCUACCUGGACUCGCUGCACUACCACCAGCUGGCCAACGGACACCACCACGCGACCCCGCCGCCGCUGCUGCCGCGCGCGGACGUCUACAGCGAGUUCUUGGAGGAGGGCAGGGGAGGCAAGCAGCGCGUGGUGUCUCCCGUCCAGAGCUACAACAGCCGGAGCUACGUCUCGCUCGCGGAACGCCAGACACCCGGAGUCAUCAGCAGCGGCCACCUUCGGGACUCCCACGCGCUGGGCUACGGACUAGAAGAGACCAGGGUCGACAACGUCUACAGUCCCGACUACGCGGGGCACGCGACCAAGCCAGGUCCCCGGGACGAGGCUACGGGAGAGGACUCCCCGGUUGGCAUGGACGGCUCGUCGGGCGGUUACGACAUGCGCUCCUACCUCCAGUACCAGUCCGCGCCCAGCGGGAGCUUGGGGAACAUUUCCAACGACGCCUCUUCCUCGUGCUCCAGUCCUCCCGGCACACCUGCCCCGCCAGGUAAGGCUCACGGCUCUGGCUCGCCCUCUCACGCGGGCAAGAUGUCCUCGGGUCACGGUAAAGGCAAGAAGCGGCUGGACAAGGACAGCGAGGAGUACCGACUGAGGCGCGAGAGGAACAAUCUGGCGGUGCGCAAGAGUCGCGACAAGGCGAAGAUGCGUAACAUGGAGACGCAGCACAAGGUGCUGGAGCUCGCGGCCGAGAACGAACGCUUGCAGAAGCGCGUGGAACAGCUGUCACGAGAGCUGGCCACGCUACGAAACCUGCUGUCGGCCACCGGACAGUGCUGAUAAACGGGACUAAUAAUGUUAUUUUAUUUUUCACAAAUGAUUUCUCUUAUUAUUUUAUUUUUACUAGGGUUGUUCGUCACAACAGUGAGGCAAUUCAGUUGUCUCCUUUUUACCCAAGUGAGCCCUGGAGACAAACACAUGCGAGAUGCCGAUACGAACAGAACUGAACUGCUGCACUUUCUCUUGUUUAAUUGUUUUAUGGACAGAACCGAACCGAGCCGGGACGCAGGCGAUCUGGGACUGUAAUUCGGUUCAAAGUUGUCAUCUCUUCUCGCCGUGGUACUAAAGCUGUGUAAGUCGAGUGGUGGGCGAGGUGGGGUGCUUUUUAGCGCGUGUUUACAAGCAGGGGGGAGACUGGACUGAACUAGGAGACUCGCCGGGCUUGCCGAUUGCGCAACACCCCGGGCUGAGCAGGUCACCCUAGUGGUCCAUACAACUACCAAACUCUGAAUUUUUGUUUCUUUUGUGUGUGUACAGUAUUUUUGUACGGUUUACACGAUGAGAUGUUGGCGCUGUGGAAAUGAAUGGUGUUGUUAUUUAAAAAGCUGAUGUUGCUUUAGUAUGUGUGGUGGAUCCGAUCCGCAGUCGCAGAGGGAAGCGCGCGCUACUGCAGUGGGUGACGCAACUCUCGGCAACAGUCUACUCUCCUGCCCCAUGCAAUGAAGUAAUAUGUAAAAGCGAUAUAAAAGGUACAAUUUUAAAUGAUAUCAAAUGUUUUAUUGAAUUAAAUUGAUUUUUACAUGGUUCCUAAGCCACCCGCGUUCUCUGAAGUCAUUUUAAAAAACAAACGGGUUCAUGUGUCCACUGAAAUAUUGUGUGUUCUCUCUGCUGUCACUGGCGUUAAAACUCCCAUUCAG